UACCGAUGCUGAAUGUGUCGGCGGUGGCUGGCUUCAAAGCUCAAAUACCUUGCGACAUCGAUCCGGCAAGCAAAAGCGAGGUGGUGAGCAUGGUUUUUUGGUACAAAGACGAGAGGGACGGCGACCCGAUAUACAGCCUGGAUGCUCGCGGCAAAUCGAUAGCUCAGGCGAAGCUUUGGUCAGAUCCAUACGUAUUCGGCGAAAGGGCGACCAUGAGGACGAGCGUGGAGCCCGCGAAAUUGGAGAUCGAUCCUUUGGAGGCGGACGACGCGGGGGUGUACAGGUGCAGGUACCACCAAACAAGCCUGUGAUUUACACUGAGGACGGUAGAAGUUUGGCGAAGGUGUUGCAGCCGUUCAACGAGGGUAGCGUGUUGUCCUUAUUGUGCGAGGUAAUGGGGGGUUCACCGCCACCGAAGGUCACGUGGCAUUUCGAGGGGGAGACAGACGACACGUAUACAUUGGAGCACGGGGACAUUACGAUAAAUCGUCUCAUCACGAACGUCACGAGGAAGUUCGUCAGAGCGAGGCUCAUUUGUCGGGCGAGCAACACGCAUCUCGUUGCUCCCCUUACCUCCGAGAUUAUUUUGGAUAUUAAUCUGAAACCGUUGGUGGUGAAUAUUACGAACAAAGAAGCGCACUUGUCGGCGUUAAAAACCUACGAGAUUGAAUGCGCCAGUUCGGGUUCCCGGCCAGAGGCUGUGAUUACCUGGUGGAAGGGAAACCACCAGGUCAAACAUAUGGCCAGAAAUUUUGCAGAUAGUCCGAACAUCACGAGAAGCGUGCUGAGUUACGUGCCGACUAUGGAGGACGAUGGGAAGUAUCUGAUCUGCCGGGCAGAGAAUCCAGUUGUAACUAAUAAUGCUCCAAUAGUGACAAUCAAGCUAGGCUUGAGUCUGAAGGCGAACGACAUAAACGAAGGCGAUGACGUCUAUUUCGAAUGCGACGUUCAGGCGAAUCCGAAAGCGUACAAGCUGGCGUGGUACAAAGACGGCAAGGAGCUCCAUCAAAACUCGACUGCACGAAUUUUUCUUCCCAGCGGGCAAUCUUUGGUUUUGCGAAGCGUGACUAGAAAUUCCGCCGGCGAAUAUUCGUGCAUGGCAGUCAACGUCGAGGGGAAAUCCACCAACGCGCCUGUCUGCAAGGACGGCUCGUCCACUCAAGUUGUCGGCGCCCUGAAGCACGAGACGAUUUCCCUGGUGUGCGGCGUACAAUCGAAACCGCCGCCUAUCACUUUCCACUGGACGUUCAACAACUCCGGCGAGCUGAUGAACGUGCCGGCCAGCCGAUUCACGCAGGUGAAGCCGCUCAGCCUGAUCACCAGCCACUGGCACGGCUCCAGGUUGAAUUAUACACCGGCCAACGACAUGGACUACGGGACGGUGGCCUGCUGGGCGAAAAACAAGAUAGGCGUGCAAAAGACGCCGUGUCUUUUUCAGAUCAUCGUCGCCGGGAAACCGUAUCCCCUGCAGAAUUGCACGGCCCUACAGUCGACCGGUUCGUACGCGUAUCGAAUGGGUCACGAGGAUUUCAAAGUCACGGACUCGAGGGACGCUGACUGGUUGAUCGUCAGAUGCUCGGAAGGAUUUGACGGCGGUUUGCCCAUAACUAAUUACGAACUGGAGGUCUACAGCGAGGAGAACGUUUACCUUGUGAACACUAUCUCUCUGAACCACACCGAGAAAUCCGGCCCGGUUUUUGAAGUUCCUGGUUUAGAGCCCGGUCGUAAAUACAGGCUUCAUCUCUACGCUGUCAACGCGAAAGGUCGAAGCGAUCCUGUAGUCCUUGAACCGGUCACGCUGAAAGCAGUCGCCAUGUACACCACCGAUCGCGGAACUUCCGACGACACCACCGACUACAGCCUCCUGGUGGCUUGCUUCGCCGGUGGGGUGACGGCCGUGUGCAUUCUGAUCGUCGGCGUGAUCGUCACCCUGUAUCGUCGCAAUCAUCCAAUGCAGCCGAUGAAAACGCACACCGAGGUGGUCCAUUACGGUAACAAAGAGGACAGGGUAGUUAUAGCCCCGUUAACCAAGGACACCAGCGACGAAGUUAAAGGGGAAAUGACCAACGAUAUGACCGACGACGAUCCGGACGUGAUACCGAGCAAAAUGGACAAGAGGCCCGACAUCUUCCAGCCGAAUUACGAGAGCCUGAAGUCGGAGAGGACGAAAGAUUUCGGUCGUUUGGAAGAGCUGGAUUAUCCGACGUCGUCGCUACCGCACGCGAAGGACUCGUGGAUCUAUCCGAACGGGUACGUGAAACAGGUGGAGAAGAGCCUGAGCCCGCUACGACCCAGCACGCUACCUGUUCAUCGUAGCCACGACAUUUACACGAGAAGUUCGCGUGUCCAAGAGAGC